CACGGACAUGCUGAGAUUCAUCCUGUUGACCGUCCUCGCCAGCCUGGCGCUGGCUGAGAUGCCUGAGCCCAGAUACAUGGAGGAAGUUGCUCAGGGAAGAGUGGUGGGCGGUUCGGUGGCCAGCCCCAACUCUUGGCCCUGGCAGAUCUCCCUCCAGUACAAGUCUGGAAGCAAUUUCUACCACACCUGCGGAGGCUCUCUGGUCAAGAGGGGUUGGGUGAUGACCGCUGCCCACUGUGUGGAUAGCUCCAGGACCUGGCAGGUUGUCCUCGGAGAGCACACCCUGUACAACAACCGUGGCAAUGAGCAGAUCAUUGGUGUGAGCCAGGUCUACAUCCACCCCGGCUGGAACUCCAACAGUGUCGCCGGAGGGUACGACAUUGCCCUGCUGCGUCUGGCAUCUGAGGCCACUCUGAACUCCUAUGUGCAGCUGGCCUCUCUGCCUCCCUCUGGGGAGAUCCUGCCCCACAACAACCCCUGCUACAUCACUGGAUGGGGACUCACCUCCACUGGUGGUAGCCUCUCUUCCCAGCUGAAGCAGGCCUAUCUGCCCCUGGUCGGUCAUAGCACCUGCAGCAGCAGUGGUUGGUGGGGAAGCACUGUCAAGACCACCAUGGUCUGUGGUGGAGGUGGCAGCGACUCUGGUUGCAACGGUGACUCUGGUGGCCCCCUGAACUGUCAGGUGAACGGCAAGUACGCGGUUCACGGAAUUGCCAGCUUCGUGUCCGGCUGGGGCUGCAACUACCCCCAGAAGCCCACCGUCUUCACUCGUGUGUCUGCCUACAUCGGCUGGAUGGAGGGAAUCAUGGGCUAAGUCAUAUGAUGACUUUUGGACCAAUUCAACAUCAACCCGGUUCUGAAAUGGAAAAAAAUAAAUUCCAUGAAAGCUCA